GAAUUGUGGUUAUUAUUCGGAACUCAACACUCCCUCGAACCGAUGGCUAUGAAAAAGCGCUACGUCAAACGCCUUGUGCGGAAAAUUGUCUUUGGAUUGCUAAGCGUUGCAUUCAUCUCACUAGUGACCACCAUGAUUGUAGAGAAGCGACUGGGUAAGGGUAGUGGCGGAGAGGAUGAAAGCAAUUUGGACCCCAAUGGGGAUCCCAUAACGCUGGAAUACAAAGCGGUAAAUAACAUACCACCUACCCGUCGAGCUCCAAGGCCACCGUUUCAAGAUCGCAGUCUAGCACGGGAGUCUGCCCCCGUGUCCCAAAAUCUGCAGCAGUCGAAGCCGGCAGGCAGCUCGCCUGCUUGGCUGCCAAAAGCGCAAGGUCCACUUAAGGAUUGGCAUGAUUAUGCCGCCAUGGAGGCAGACAAAGCUCGCAUUGGUCUGGGGGAGCAUGGUCUGCCGGCUCAAAACGAACCGACGGAAAAAGAGCUGGAAAGACAGAUAUUUUUAAAGGAUGGCUUCAACGGCAUGCUCUCCGAUAGAAUUUCAGUCAAUCGCUCUGUGCCCGACGUGCGACGCGAAGAAUGCAAGACCCGACAGUAUCUGGCUAAGCUACCCAACGUCAGCGUCAUCUUCAUUUUCUACAACGAGCACUUCAAUACCCUUCUGCGCUCCGUCUAUAGCAUCUUCAAUCGCACACCACCUGAGCUUCUCAAGCAAAUUGUUCUGGUAAAUGAUGGCAGCGAUCGUGAAAUGUUAAAGGAGCAAUUGGAUGAUUAUGUGGCAUCCCAUUGGUCUCACCUGGUGGAUGUGGUGCAUAAUCCUGAGCGUCGUGGUCUGAUUGGUGCUCGCCUGGCUGGUGCUAAGAUCGCUAUAGGAGAUGUUAUGGUAUUUUUCGAUUCUCACAUCGAAGUCAACUACAAUUGGCUGCCGCCCCUGCUGGAGCCCAUAGCCAUUAAUAGCAAAAUCUCCACCUGCCCGAUUGUGGAUAUUAUUGAUAACGAGAACUUUGCGUAUAAUGGCGGCUACCAGGAGGGUUCACGUGGCGGCUUCGACUGGCGAUUCUUUUACAAACAACUGCCAGUGCUGCCUGAGGAUAGCGUUGACAAAUCACAGCCGUAUCGCAGCCCCGUCAUGAUGGGCGGACUCUUUGCUAUUGAUCGUCAGUUCUUCUGGGAUCUGGGUGGCUACGAUGAUGAGCUGGACAUUUGGGGUGGCGAGCAGUACGAGUUGAGCUUCAAGAUCUGGAUGUGUGGUGGCAUGUUGCUGGAUGUUCCCUGUUCGCGUGUGGCGCACGUCUUUCGCGGCAUUAUGGAGAAACGACCAAACCCACGAAAUUACAAUUUUGUCGCUCGAAACCACAAACGUGUUGCUGAGGUAUGGAUGGACGAGUACAAGAAGUAUGUCUACGAACGCGAUCCAAACACUUAUGAUAACAUCGAUGCUGGCGACGUUACCAAACAGCGUGCCGUGCGCGAACGUUUGCAAUGCAAGUCCUUUGACUGGUACAUGACCAAUGUGGCGUUUGAUUUCCUCAAGAAAUUUCCACCAGUGGAGCCACCCAGCUAUGCUUCGGGUGCUAUAAAGCAUCUGGCUAGUGGCUACUGCAUAGAUACGAUGAACCAUGGCUCCAAUAAUGCCGUUGGACUCUAUCCCUGUGCCGAAAAUCUUACGCAUCCGCAGCAUAAUCAGCAUUGGGUGCUGUCCAGUGACCGUGAGCUGCGCCAGCUCGAUCGUAGCGACUGUCUCGAUGUUCAGGAUUCACAUGCGAAUGCCACUGUUUGGAUUUGGCAUUGCCACAAUCAGGGCGGCAAUCAAUUCUGGUACUACGAUCGCGCCCAUCAAUGGAUCGUGCACGGCCAGAACACACAUCGUUGUCUGGAGGGCAUCGUCGAAGAUGGUAAAGCCCAUGUCUACACGAAUGAAUGUGAUGCGAGCAACGACCGCAUGCUCUGGACUUUUGGCAUUAUAAACAAUGAAAUGCUCGAUAAGUUUUAUGAAGGUCUCUAGGCAAUAGCUUUCAACACUUUCACAUAAACGCCAAAAACUUUGAUCAUAUCACAUACAGACACUAUAAGCGAUAAAGCUGCCAAUACCACAACAGCAACAACAACAAUACCAUACCAUACAAGGUAGGUAGGGUAGCUCGUAGAACUCACGCGCACUGCUGAAAAGCCUGGAGUGGUUCGGGUUCGCUGCUCGUACCGAAGGUUUCAAGUUUGCAAAAUAAAUUUCCAUGACAUCUUA